ACCGGCAGUCCCCGCAGCUUAAGCCGUUUGUGAACGAGAUUGUGGCAUGCGCGCGCGAAUCACUCAUGAUUCUCCCUCGGUGAUUAACAAGUCGAUCAGAAAUAAAUGAUUCAAGGGAUUACUUGACAAAGCUACAGAAUCAGGAGUCGGGAAUCGACAAUUACGAUACGUGCCGUCAGGUUUCUCAAAUGCAUGAUAAACUUUGAUGUUUAUUAUUGUCAGUGAUAAUGACUUUGAAGCGAUUGUACCAUCAACAAUUUGCGGUUUCCGUUGAUGCAUUGCGACGGGAGAGAAAUACACCGCUUGACAAUAUCGCGCCUCCGAACAAUAAACGCAAACUUUUCAUGACGAAGAAGUUUCACGUAAAAGUUGUAUUUCGCAUAAUAUAUGUGUUUUGUACAGAGUAUUUAAAAAUUUAAUUGGUGUUAUCAAAAACUCAACGGAGAAUGCAUUUAACAUGAUAGCGCGAUAUCUUGUAAAAGAUAUUGCAAAAAGUGAAAAAAGUGUGAGAUAUUAAACAAGAUAAAAAGAUUCUCAAGAAAAAUUUAUUCAUUUAAUUUGUAACUCUGUAGAAUCAAUGUGAAGAAUGGAACGAAUUUUUCAGCUUUUUCUUCAAUCGACAAAAAGUAAAUCUUCAAGGUUUGACUUUAUGAAGUAGAUAUCCGAGGUCUCUUGAGGGAAAAAGUGAUAGAAGAUACGAUUAUUGCGCGCGACAUUUGUUCCGACUUAUUGUUAGUAGGCGAUCUUAUCAUCAUGCUCCUAAAUUGGCGGACAAUAAAGUUUCAAAAAAAUAUGUGGUGAUAAAAAACAUAAAUCAACCAAAUAAGACGCGCGAAUAAAAUAUAUAUUCGACCAAUUCAGCAAGUAUCGGAAAAUCACUAAUAUCUUGAUUGAUUACACGACAAACUGUACGAGACUACUUUCGAUUGAGCACCGAUAAAUGCGUAUUAGUCUCUUUUAUGAAAAACGGACAAUCAGGUUAAGCCGCUAUAAUGAUAGUCACUCGCCAGCCCAUUGUGCCUCACAAAUCACAGGAUAUCGGUAACGACCGAUAGAAUCGAUUCGACGAGCUAUUUGGAGGAAGAGGCGAGAACAAAGAGAUAGCGAUAGAACAAAAUUCCAGGAUUUCGCCAAAGGCGGACCAUGCAGGCAACCAUUGCAAAUAUGAGUGACCCAGCUAUGGAACGUUUGUACAAUUGUACUGUAAGGAUUUUCGAACACAAUAUCACGUUGCUCUUGAAGCUAAAUCACAGCGAAUCGAUCACUCGUUUUAUUAAAGAAGCGUUGAACAAUUCAUCACAACCAGAUAUCCUUCGAGAGGCGCUGUCCAAUUGCAUUUUUCGCAAUCAAGAACGGCCGUUCGAUUUGCCGUGGUGGCCUAAGCUCUGCUGGUCGCUGCUUUUCGGAGCGAUACUUUUGAUUGCAACUGGUGGCAAUAUCAUUGUCAUGUGGAUUGUACUUGCUCAUCGGCGAAUGCGCACCGUCACUAAUUACUUCUUGGUGAAUCUCUCCGUAGCGGAUCUUAUGAUGUCAUUGCUCAACUGCGCCUUCAACUUUAUCUUCCUCCUCAACUCUAAUUGGCCCUUCGGAGUAGUGUAUUGCACCAUCAACAACUUUGUAGCACACGUGACUGUCGCAUCGAGCGUUUUUACUCUCGUUGUAAUUUCAUUUGACAGAUACAUGGCCAUUAUGCAUCCCCUUAGACACCAUAUGUCUCGCAAGAGAACGGUGAUUAUUUUAAUUUUAAUUUGGGGAAUCUCAUCAGCACUAGCGAUUCCGUGCCUUCUAUAUUCCACAACGUCAUUGCGCAGAUAUUCUAAUGGAACGACCAGAAUCGCCUGUUACCUGCUGUGGCCCGACGGCGGAUAUUUAAAUAGCACGAGGGAAUAUUGCUACAAUCUCCUAUUCCUCACCGUUACGUAUCUGAUUCCCAUGACAGUGAUGGCUGUCUGUUAUACAUGCAUGGGACUAAAGUUAUGGGGUUCACAAUCUAUCGGUGAAUUAACUCACUACCAGAGAGAAUCAAUGAGAUCUAAGCGCAAGGUUGUAAAAAUGUUUAUCGUUGUAGUGAUAAUAUUUGCGGUGUGCUGGUUACCAUAUCAGGGGUUCUUCAUUUUUGUGUAUCAUUAUCGUCAUUAUGUAGAAAAGAGUUACAUACAACACAUAUAUUUAGGCUUCUACUGGCUCGCAAUGUCCAAUUCUAUGGUUAAUCCACUCAUAUAUUGCUGGAUGAAUAACAGGUUUCGAGUUUACUUUGAACUGGUAAUCUGUAAAUGCUACUGUCUGACGAGUCGGACAAAUGUGCGACGCCAUGAAGCUCAAGAAUUGGCGGGGUUUCAACGUUCAGAGUUAGUUCCAUGCAAUUCGGCCCGUUUCAGAUCGACUUCAAUCAAGUGGCGACAGAGCACGGCGGAGAGCCAGGUACAAACAUUCAGAAUGAAUACCCGAACAAUGUGCGAGAAACUUCAGUUUAAAGAAAACGUUGCUAUCAUCUAGCUUAACUAUACAUUACGAAAACGACGUAUCUGUUAUAAAUAAUAUUAUAAUAUUAUCAUCUUCAUGCUUUACGACGAGCUUUGUCAAAAGUAAUCAAAUGUUAUAACGCAGUUCUGAUGGCAUUCCAUCGCUGAAUGGCCAAUAAUAAUAAAUUAAUGAGUGUUCUACUUUAUCACGUCAGUUUUUCAAAAGUAUUAUUUUCUUACCUACAGACGAGGCUGACGAGAUUAUAACAGAAAAAGUUCGAUGUUAUUUGUGAUUUAAACGUACUUCGUAAUAUAUAACGUAAUUGUAUAAACAUAUGUCUUGUAUAUUCAUGAUUAAAUUCGCCGCUCUCAGAACUAUUGUUACUAUUAUAUUAUGACAACG